UGAAACCACGUUUUCCAUUUGUGCCAUCCUCUGGCCCUCCCUUCCCUUUCCCUCCUUCACCCUCCUUACUUUCAUGCUUCAAAUCUUCAAAUCCAUCCAAUAUAUCUAAACUCUUCUCCAACUUCCUUCUUUACGCAUUCCGCCAUCUGGAAACACCACACCGCCACACCUUAUUUUCAUUAGCCUUCUGUGGCGUCGCCGAGCUGACAACCUAAAUAAACAGCGACGUCUAAGCAGGGCUGCGCGAACGAAUUUAGGGGACCGACCAUCUCUGUACGUCAGAAAUAGUAAACAGAAGCUGAAUACACCUUGAGAGAGCAUUUGUAAAGUCCGCCGCCACUUGCGCCCUCCGUGGCUCCUUCGCAUGACUGCGCCCAGACUUCCUCAAGGCAACAACUCAUCCGGGAUCCGAGGGUUGCGCGCAAAACAUUUCCUGGACGACAGAGAACGCGCCAGCUGUCAAUGAUCGUUGGAACCGCUGCGAAAUGGCCGGCUUGGAGCAAUUAGAGAUUCAUAGCAAGUCGUACAUUGUUCGUUGGGUCAAAAUUGAGGAAGGCCAUACGAUAUCCUGGAAUGUUCAACCUCACAAGAAGUCGAUAAACUUUGGAAUAUUCAAGCAUCCUGGAGGGAGUAGCACCGGAACCGCACAGCAUCUAGACGAUGCUACUGCCUCCCUUAUUCAUCUCGAUGCUGGUGUCGACAAGUUAAGACGCCCCUCAAAUGCUACGAAGAACGACGAGUCUACGGCCCAGGAACAGUUGAGAGCGAAAGGCUUCAUUUCGAUACAAUGGUAUGGCAAAUACGAUGCGGACAAGGUGUCGACGGGGACAUUUUCUGUUACGAAAGGACAAGGUGGAAUGUACGGCCUCGUAUUUGACAAUACCUUUUCGAAACAAUUUUCGAAAUCUGCUACUUUCGUCCUUCUCACAUAUCCUUCCAAUGCACCUCCACACACCACGCAUCAGUUGUCCAACCUCGCAUCUUCAAUGAGCACAACAGGGAUAGGGAAUGCAAGCAAAGGAGUAAGCCCUCAUUUGGGACCGUCAGCUUCGGAUUCGGUCGACAGCCUACAAAGUCACCUUGGACUUGGGACUGGUGGCAGCAGGGGCGGUUCUGUUCUGGGGAGGAACGGGAGCGACAAUGGACUUGCUACAUACCAUGUGGGAAUCCUGUCAAAACGCCGGCGGAAACGAGGGCAAGGCUAUGCUAGACGUUUCUUCUCACUGGAUUUCGCAUCGUGCACUCUAUCAUAUUAUUACAGCCGUAACUCAUCCGCGCUCAGAGGUGCGAUUCCUCUGAGCUUAGCUGCUAUUGCUGCGGACGAGAGAAGGAGAGAAAUAAGCAUCGAUUCGGGGGCCGAAGUGUGGCAUUUGAAGGCUGGCAAUGCAAAGGAUUUUGAUGAGUGGACUAGAGCUCUAGAAAAGGCAAGCAAGAGUGCUCGAGGACUGGAGCCCGAGUCUGCCCCGGAUUCCCCUGAGCAACGGUUAAGGGUCAGAACGACUGGAUUACAAGCUCCAAGUUCGACUCGAGAAGAAGAGCGAGAAUGGGAGCAGGUUGAAUCACUUGUGAGCAGGAUUGUAGGAACUCGAGAUGCUGUCCGUCGACUCUCGAAGGACACCGCUCCUGGAGCCACAAAGAGGCUUGCACUUGCAGGAUUGGGACUUUCGACAGGAAGUAGCCCCAGUAUCGAUGAGGGUAGCGAUUACUUCGCAACGCCCCCUGAAAAGAGACCAUUUUGGAAGAGGAAAGUCAGCACACCUUCAACACCGCAACUGGUCCAGCGAGGUAUCUCGUCACAGCUUGCAGUUCCUGCACCCGCAACCGUAACGACGAUUACCGCUAAUGGGAGUGUCACGCCCUCGUCACGAAGAGGUAGGCACUCUUCUCAGCUUGACGAACCCAGUAUGCAUGAGCACUGUGCUGCGUUACUCAAGGACCUGGAUGACGUUCUCAACGAUUUCUCGACAUUGCUAUCCAAUAGUAAACGUCGAAGGAUGCCUGCCCCUGUUUCUGCUACCAGGAACAGCAUGGAUUCAACCUCAACCGGCGAAUUCUAUGAUGCCGAGGCUGGGGAUGGUGAGCGCUCGCAAGUGUUUGUGAUCGAUCGCCAGAGUGAGGAAGACACUCAGCUGUCAGAAGCGGAUGAUGAAUUUGUGACCGACGCUUCCUCAAUAUCUUCUCACGAGGAGGAUUCGUCCGCUCAUCUCCAAGGCUCAGCAGCACUUUUCCCUCUCAAACCAAAGUCAUUAGAUCCCCUUCCCAUUACCACGUCCAUCAAACGAAGGAAAAUCGUGCCUCCAGCAACUACAAUGCCUCCUAGCUUGAUCGGUCAUCUCCGCAAAAAUGUUGGGAAAGAUCUCAGCACUCUCAGUAUGCCUGUCAGCGCCAACGAACCCACUUCACUCCUCCAACGUAUCGCCGAACAAUGCGAAUACUCCCAACUGCUCGACACAGCCGCCUCCCAUAAAGUGCCAACGCAGCGUAUCCUCCAUGUUGCCGCCUUCGCCGUCUCACAAUUCAGUAUCAACCGUGCAAAGGAACGAGCCAUCCGCAAGCCCUUCAAUCCCAUGCUAGGGGAAACGUUCGAACUUGUAAGGACAGAAAAGGAAGUACCAGGUGGAUUUAGACUCCUGGUAGAAAAGGUAUCUCACCGUCCCGUCAGAAUGGCCAUCCAAGCCGACUCAGCACGUUGGUCAUUAAGUCAAUCUCCCGCGCCAACGCAGAAGUUUUGGGGGAAGAGUGUGGAGCUCAUUACCGAGGGCCGCGUGAGGUUAAACUUGCGGUUGCUCGAUGGGAGCGAUGAAUUCUACAGCUGGAACCUCGCCACAGUUUUCUUACGGAACGUAGUCAUGGGCGAGAAAUAUGUCGAGCCCGUCGGCAGCAUGACUAUCACAAAUGAAACCACUGGCGCAAAAGCCACCAUCGAAUUCAAGCAAAAGGGGAUGUUCAGCGGGAGAAGCGAAGAUGUGCAGAUCGAGAGUUACAAUCCCGACGGUGUGCAUACUGGCGUUGGCUUGACUGGAACCUGGACCACGAAUCUCCGGAGCCUGGAAGCUGGAAAGGCUGCAGGAGCGGAGAUCUGGCAUGUUGGUGAUCUGGUCGAGAACGCUGCGCAGACGUAUGGUCUUACGACUUUCGCUGCUGGUCUCAAUGAAAUCACGGAGCUGGAAAAGGGAAAGCUACCUCCGACGGACUGUAGAUUGAGACCUGAUCAGCGGGCAGCGGAGAUGGGUGAUCUGGACACUGCAGAGACGUGGAAGGCGACACUGGAAGCUUCACAGAGAGUUAGGAGGAAGGAGGCUGAGGAAAGGGGUCAGCCGCAUAUGCCGAGGUGGUUUGUGAGGGUGGAGGGCGGGGAUGAUGGUGAGGAGGUGUGGAAAUUGAAAGGUGGGAGAGACGGUUACUGGGAAGAACGACAAAGAGGAAAGUGGACAGGCGUCGAGAAUAUCCUGGCUGGGUAGCUGAGUGACAGGUGAUGAUGAUCAUUUUGCUUGUUUAGCGAUACACAUUCUUGAAUCUUUGACAGGGCUCGUGAGGCGUUAUGGAGAAGCGAGGGAAAAAUAACGGGUUGCGGUUUGGAUUAGACAGCGCGUUUGGAGUAAUGAAUUGGAUUGCCGUUGACUCUCGG